UACCCAUAAUGCAUCAGGUGUUCUGCAGCUUUCUGUUUUGAGGUGGAGAGACAAAAAUAUCAACCAAUUUUGGCAGCGUGCCACUUACUCAGAAUCACAAGGCUUCUGCUUGCACCCCUGGAUGUGUCUGCUAAAAGCUGAAGAAAUGGAGCACAGUGAUGCAGUAUCUUCUUUCAAAGCAAACAUGCUGACAAACAGCGCUAAAAGCAACCUCAAUCUCUAUGAUCACCUGACAUGUGUGCUGAUGAAGGUGCUGGAUGAGUGUCCAGAAAAUGCUGUGGAUGUGAUUGAGGAUGUGAGCCUCGAGGUGAAGCGAAGUUUAUUUAAUGACAGUCACCAAAACUUCCAAGAGUUUCCACAGUCAACUGAUGCUGAGCUUUUGGCUGAAAAGCAGCGCUUGCUGUAUUCUCAGGGAGAGGAUGAUGACAGAGAGGAGAAACUGGAUACACUUCCUCCUAAUGUGAGUGAGAUGAGUUACUACCUGGAACGGGCCGGCGUGGGCCUUGGCAAAGAAGAGAUGCAGAGGAUCACCCUGGCACUUCAUCAGCUGGUAGAGUCUAAGAUGCUGUACACCUGUCGACUGUGGGGAAAGAUUCUUGGCACAGAAAGCAGCUACAUUAUCGCUGAGGCAGAAUACACAGAGGAGCAAGGGGCAUGGAAAUCAGAUGACACCGAUGAUGAUGAGCAAGAGGAAAAGACUGAGGAGAAUAAGGUGGAGAAGCAGCAGAAAACUGAUCUGCUUCCCAAAUCAACCUAUAAGCCCCCACUGGUGGUGCCAAAUGAGGCUUUCGGAAGCGGUGGCAACAAGUUUGUUUACUAUGUGUGCAAAGAGCCUGGAUUUCCCUGGGUUAAGCUCCCUCCAGUCACUCCAGCACAGAUUUGUGCAGCUCGCCAGAUCCACAAGUUCUUCACAGGAAGACUGGAUGCUCGAGUUAUCAGCUACCCACCUUUCCCUGGGAAUGAAACCAACUACCUUCGAGCACAGAUUGCCUGGAUCUCAGCCGGCACACAGGUGUGCCCUCAGGGGUUCUACCAGAUGAUUGAAGGGGAAGAAGAUGAGGAACCUCAUGAGGACUAUGAAGUGAACCCUGACUUUGAGAGUAUUCCAACUGCUGAAAUGGUUCAAAGUAUGUCAAACUGGGUGCAUCAUGUUAGCCACAUCUUGUCACAGGGCCGUUGUACCUGGGUUAAUGUUUUAAAGCCAGGAGAGGUCAAUGAUUCUUUAGAUGAAGAGGAUGAGAAACAGGAAGAUGAGGAAGAAGUAGGACCUCCUCUGCUCACUCCUCUCUCCCAAGAUGCAAACUUGUAUAACACCACACCUUGGAGCUCCAGGCUGUCAUCCAGCCUGAGUCCUCAGCAUGCCUUUGCUGUGCUGCGCUCUAACUUGUGGCCAGGAGCAUUUGCAUACGCUGAUGGAAAGAAGUUUGAGAACAUCUACAUUGGAUGGGGUGUGAAGAAUGUAGGUGAAGGCUACAGCCCUCCGGUUCCCUCACCGCCUCAGGAAAGCUACCUCAGUGAGCCUGGGGUCACCGAGGCCCAGGACCCCAGUGUGGAGGAAGAGCAGGCUCUGAAAGAAGCCUUAGAGGAGAAAGAUGCACAGGAGACAGAAGAGUCCGACGAGGAUGAGUACGAUAACUGAGCAGCAACACAGUCAUGUCUUACAGUCC